CUGUGCCGCCAGACCGUGCGCAGCGACCUCCGCACAGGUGGUCGCGCCGGUCUGCGCCACGAUGUUAACCAAAGUUCUCCUGAUCCUCCUGGGCCUGUCCAUCAUCCUUCCGUCUAGGAGUGAAGGACCUCAUGUUGAAUCAGAAAAUCGACCCUCUGCCUAUGAUGAUGUCUAUGGGCUCCAGCCCCAGGCUGCUGAAGAGAAGCUCCUCUCUGAAGAAACAAAGCCCACUCUUAGUGGUCCCCACAGCACACUUGGCAAACUGCCAACAGCCACUCACAUCCUGAACAGUAUCCUGAAUAACUAUGACCAUAAACUUCGCCCUGGCAUUGGUGAAAAUCCCACUGUGGUCACUGUGGAGCUCUCUGUCAACACCCUUGGUCCUAUUUCUAUCCUGGACAUGGAAUACACCAUUGACAUCACCUUCUGCCAGACCUGGUAUGAUGAACGCCUCCGUUACAAUGGCAGCUUUGAGAGCUUUGUUCUGAAUGGCAACAUGGUGAGCCAGUUAUGGAUCCCGGACACGUUUUUUAGGAAUUCUAAGAGGACCCAAGAGCAUGUGAUCACCAUGCCCAACCAGAUGGUUCGCAUCCACAAGGAUGGCAAGGUGUUGUACACAAUUAGGAUGACCAUUGAUGCUGGAUGUUUACUUCACAUGCUCAAAUUUCCAAUGGAUUCUCACUCUUGCCCUCUGUCUUUCUCUAGCUUUUCCUAUCCUGAGAGUGAGAUGAUCUACAAAUGGGAAGAUUUCAAGCUUGAAAUCAAUGAGAAGAAUUCCUGGAAGCUCUUUCAGUUUGAUUUUACAGGAGUGACCAACAUUACUGAAACAAUCUCAACCCCAACUGGUGAUUUCAUGGUCAUGACACUUUUCUUCAAUGUGAGCAGGCGAUUUGGCUUUAUAGCCUUUCAAAACUAUGUCCCUUCUUCUGUGACUACAAUGCUUUCCUGGGUUUCCUUUUGGAUCAAGAAAGACUCUGCUCCAGCCAGAACCUCUCUAGGGAUAACCUCUGUACUCACCAUGACUACACUGGGCACCUUUUCCCGUAAGAAUUUCCCACGUGUCUCGUAUAUCACCGCUUUGGAUUUCUAUAUUGCCAUCUGCUUUGUCUUCUGCUUCUGUGCUUUGAUGGAGUUUGCUGUGCUCAACUUCCUGACCUACAACUGGACAAAACCCCGUGCUUCUCCAAAACUUCGCCAUCCAGAUAUUUGUGCCCGUGCCCUUAUGCCUCCCCGUGCCAGUGCCCAUCAGCAUCCUGAUGCUUUUGUGUGCCAGAUUGAGGACUCUGAUGAGAGUGAUGGAGAGGAGGGCCCAUCUUGCCCAGCCCAGCAGUCUCUCAGCCCAGGUGGCAUCCAGAAUCCUGGCGGUUGCUGCAAGUGGUGCAAGAAGUAUGUCUGUGUGGUCCCCAGGUGUGAGGGCAGUAUCUGGCAGCAGGGCCGCCUCUUCAUCCACAUUUACCGCCUGGAUAACUACUCACGAGUUGUUUUCCCAGUGACCUUCUUCUUCUUCAAUGUGCUCUAUUGGCUUGUUUGCCUUAACUUGUAGGUACCAGCUGGUACCCUGUGGGCAGCCUCCCCAGUUCUCCAGGAGGUCCCACGCCCCUUGCCAAGGGAGUCAGGGGAAAGCAGCAGCAGCAGGAGCAACAAGACAGUAUCUUUCCUUCCCCAUUCCUCAAAUAUAAGCCUGUAGAGAUUUCCUCUUUGCUGGCCCUCUCCCCUACCUGGCCCAUUCACUGACUCUCCAUGGCAGCCAAUUUCAAGUAAAAUGGCCCACCUCUCUGUUCCUCAAGGGGCAUUAAUGAUGCUCAGACCUAAAAAUCACAGGCUGUCCAUGACCAGCUCCCUAAGACCAUGCCCAAAUAUGAGCAGAUUAGCUAUCUACAACAGUGCUGAUAACCACUGCUUUUUUCCAGAAAUAAUACUGCCUUUGUGGUGCUCAAGGACCAGUUCUGGCCUCAGCCUCAAAGUGCAUAGACCAGCUGCUUGCCUGUUCCUGACAUCUUAAAAUGCUGGGCAGCAGUACAAAGGGUAAGAGGAUCCUAGUCCUUAGGUCCAGUUGUUAUAUUCUUGGUUUUCUCUUCCUGCCCUCCCUUCCCUUGCAGAUAGACACCAAUAUUAUCCAUUUAGGAGGAAGGGAGCCAGCAAUUGAGAGCCUUUGGGACAGUGUCUCCCUCUGCUGCUGUGCCACCUCCUUCUCCCCCCACCCCCCGCCUCCAUUCUUCAUCUGCACUACAAAUUCAAUGCCUUGCAUCCAUCGGGUAUCUAUUUUUGUGUGUGAUAAUAGUAACGACUCCCUGCUUUGGAUGCCACCUUCUUCCUCCUCCUUGACCCCUGUGACAUUUUCUGUAGCUUCCCUAGUGACUUUCCCAGCCCCGACCCAGGUGCUAGGCCAUGGUGACUUCCCGGGGCCAAGAAAUUAAGAGAACUUUGCUUUGCAGUGGGCAUUACCAGCACUGAUUGGUGCCCUCUAAAGGCACAACAUAAGAGUUUUAUCACUUCCUUGGCCCCUGGACCCAUGAGCCAGUCCACUCUUAUCCUGGGGCACUCACAAUCGCAAUUAAUUGAAUUCCCUUAAAUUUGUAUAGCACUUUACCUUUUGCAAAGCACUUUUGAGAAGUUAUUUCUAUUUUGAGCCUUAUCAUAGCCUGUGAUUCAGAGCAGGAUUCUUAUCCCCAUUUUUCAGAUGAGAACCCUGAGGCACAGAUUUCUAUGGGACUGUGGAUCUCACUGGAAAGUACCCAGGAGCCCACUGUCACCUUCUAGACUACAUGACAGGGCUAAGCAACUCUGUUCACCAUGAUUUGAUUCUAUUGCCUCUGCCAGCACCCCAGUGGCAAGGCCCAGAGUAGCAGCCUCUCUUUAGCAUUGGCUGCUCAAUUCCUGGGCCCCCAAGACCGAACCUCUCCUGGCUCCAGUAACCCAGUGUGGUGAAUUUGGACAUGCCCCAAUGCUUGUAUAUGCUGAAUGAAAUCUGUGUCUGUAUUUUAUUGGGGGAUGGGUAGGGUAGGGGGAUUCAUCUGCUUUUUGUCACCAUCACCUGAAAAGGGGAAAUGUAUCAAUAAAUAUAUCAGCAAAGCA